UGUUAGAAGUGGUGUAAUUUUGACUUUGAAAAACAUCGGGUACAGUAUAUACAUCCCUGUUCAGUUCGAUUCUCUCCGAUUCUAUUCUCCCCAGUCAAGAAGAACAAGAAGAUGGAGAGAACUCUAACCCACUCAUUAACCGCUGUUGUAAUCUCUUCCUUUGUCGCCAUUCGAUCCUACAGAAGGAAGUCUCUCGAUUUAUCUGGAGCUCUUGCCGGAUUUCUCGUCAUGACUAUUCAUUUCGUUGCUGGAUACAGGUUCGGGGCAAUGUUACUUGUCUUUUUCUUCACUUCAUCGAUGCUUACCAAAGUUGGAGAAGACAAGAAGCGGCGAGUUGAUGCUGAUUUUAAGGAAGGUGGACAAAGAAACUGGAUACAAGUUUUAUAUAAUAGUGGUAUUGCAGCAGUUUUGUCUGUUCUUAUUGGGAACCUGACUGGAUGGGAGGACAAGUGCCUAGACUCGAAUGAUUCGGUUCUUAUCACUUCCUUAAUUGGUGGUAUUAUUGGUCACUAUUCUUGCUGCAACGGUGACACUUGGUCGUCAGAGAUCGGAGUUCUUAGUGAUGACCAGCCACGGCUGAUCACAACUUUUAAGUCUGUUCGAAGGGGCACCAAUGGAGGUGUGACAAAAACAGGACUUUUAGCAGCUUUGGCAGCAGGGAGUGUCAUUGGUUUAACAUUUGUUCUGGUUGGAUUUCUCACUACAAGAUGUUCAAAUGAAAUGGCCAUGAAGCAGCUGUUGGUAAUACCCCUUUCUGCAGUGGCUGGACUUUUAGGAAGUAUCAUAGAUUCUCUGUUGGGAGCAACCCUUCAAUUCAGUGGGUUCUGCUCUGUCCGAAAUAAGGUUGUUGGAAAACCUGGACCAACAGUGAAGAGGAUUUCAGGUCUUAACUUUCUUGACAACAAUGCGGUGAACCUCGUCUCGAUACUACUGACCACACUGCUGACUUCAUUUGCCUGUGUGUACAUUUUCUGAUUCCUUAAUACUCUUCAAACAGUUUAGACAGUGUAUGUUUUGAUAAAGUCGAAAAAAAUCUCAGAAAAGGAUCCAAUUCCCAUAAAAAACUUCGUAUGUGAUGUGUAAUCAACAUAAGGGGAAACGGUUUACCAUUUGUGCCUGGAAAUAAAGAUUACCAUGUUGGUCCA